ACGACGGCCAUAUUUCCUUUCUUUUGGAUUCUUGAAGUGAAAUAGCCAAGAUGGGUUUCGCAAAUCUUUGGUAUUCUCAUCCACGUAAAUAUGGCCCAGGCUCAAGAUGCUGCCGAUCCUGCUCUAACCGUCAUGGUUUGAUUCGUAAAUAUGGGCUGAACAUUUGCCGUCAGUGCUUUAGAGAGUAUGCCAAUGAUAUUGGCUUCAAGAAGCUCGAUUAAAUGGAGAUAAUUCUCAUUCGGUGACAACACUACGCGUUUAGGGUGUGUCAUCAAAACCUUUUCACAUAUUAAUACAAGCGGUUUGCUGAUACAAAUAAGGCAAACUACGUGGAUUAAUAUGUGGGCAACAACAACAGCAGCAACAACAACAAUAUCAUCUGAAAGUUUGAAUAAGAGGCAAUUGAUUUGAUGAACUGAAAUGGUUUGUUGAUGAGAUGAGCGGGAGUACAAGCAAUUAAAAUUUUCCAUUAAAAAGUGAAAUAUCUUAUUUAAGCUUUCCGAUGAAAAUAAACCAUAACAAGAUUUAA